UACUGGUCUUACUCUGUACUUGAUCAUAUUAACAGCCUCAUUUCUCAACCAAACCAACCAUAGAACCAUUACCAGCCCCACAGGAUCCAUUAUCACCUAGAGGCCAUUUGCUACAGCUUUCAGUAAUAUUUAUCUACUCAGGAGAUCACUGAGGCAUGGAGUCCACAUCAAUCCCCGUGCUGGUUGCUGGACUUGUUGAUUGUGUAGCCCAGUUAAUAAGAAUAGCUGAAGAGCUUUUACAGCUGAUUUCACAGGAACAAGUUCCUUGUGUAGAGCAGAAUGAUAGAGCAGAAGAGAUAGAAGUGGAUGCAUCUUCUCCUGAGGAGGCUUCGCUCCCAGACCUUGCUGAUUUCUCAGACUUAGAGUCAAUACUUAUACCAAGAGAAGACGAAGACCUAGUCCUUGACAUAGAUCAAGCAAUGGUAGACAUAGAAGACUUAUAUGAAGAUGUACUCUCCAGUAUAAAUGAUGACCUAAGAAGUGGUUAAAACCCAAAUUUGCCCCCAGCAGCAUGUGAGAACUGAUAGUUUUUCUGUUUUAAAUAGAUUCUGAUUUUUCUGAGUGUUAACAAUGUUUUCUCCUAGUUCUGUACAUUUUCCUUACUAACACCUUAUAGAACAAGUUAAUACUAGAUUUACUUCCAGUAGAAGCUGGUUUCUUUUCUUCUUUAUAUUUCUUUUAAAAGCUUUUAGUUCUGUACA